CAGCGAGGGUCCUGUUGGUGAAAAGUCCCAGAGGUGCACAGCCUCGGCAGGACGACUUGCAGCGCUUCUCUUCCUGGAUUCAGUCAUUUGAAGAUUGAGGCCAAGAUUGGAAGCAUGGCCGACCUCAGGCAGCUCAUGGACAAUGAGGUGUUUAUGGCCUUUAGCUCCUAUGCGACGAUCAUUCUUGCCAAGAUGAUGUUCCUGAGCUCUGCGACUGCAUUCCAGAGGAUAACCAACAAGGUGUUUGCCAACCCAGAAGACUGUGCUGGCUUCGGCAAGGGAGAGAAUGCCAAGAAGUUUGUUCGGACUGACGAGAAGGUGGAACGCGUGCGCAGAGCCCACCUGAACGAUCUGGAAAACAUCGUUCCCUUUCUCGGCAUCGGCCUCCUGUACUCCCUGAGUGGACCAGAUCUCUCUACAGCCCUCAUGCACUUCAGAAUCUUUGUCGGUGCUCGGAUCUACCACACCAUUGCCUACUUGACUCCCCUGCCCCAGCCAAACAGGGGCUUGGCUUUCUUUGUUGGCUAUGGAGUUACCUUCUCAAUGGCUUACAGGCUGCUAAGGAGCAGACUGUACUUGUAAAGAGAAUUGUGAUUUUCACCAUCUGAUCGAUUCUUUUUUUUUUUUUUUUUUUUUUUAAAGAAUUCUAUAUCUUCAGUGGAUUCAAAUGCUUUCUAAGGUUUUAUGUGUGAAAGGAGCAGAGAAAUUAGGAAUUGGGGAAAAUUCAGUUUAAAGACUAGCAUCAGUAGGCCCUAUUCUUUUGUAUUUCAGUUAGAAAUUUAAUAUAAUCAGCCUUAACUAUGUUAUCUGAGUCCCAAAGUACUUUGUUAUAAGUCUUGAUUUCAUCAUAAUUUGUUACAUUUGUCUACAUUUCCUAUGGUGCAUCUAUAAAAGAAUGCACACACCUAUGUGAAACCUGGGUUUCAUUACAGCUGAAGUAGGCACAUGAAUUAAAAACAUUACAAAUGAA